UUAAAAUAUGUUGAGCAAGACACCAAUUUUGAUCUAUUUUAUUCUAAUAAUCUGUCUGGCCAUGCCUGGCUUGGGGUACAGACAAAACCGUGUAUGUCAAGGCCUCCCUCGAGACGUUGAAUUAGUGGGCACCUUCACAUAUGAAGAGCCUAAAUUUAUAGAGGGAUUCUACUACGACCCUGAAAAUGAUCUUAUUUAUGAAUCAUAUGGGCUCUAUGAAGAAUCCGGGAUCAGAGCUUAUCCUCUAGAAGAUCCUAUUUCUGAAGAGAAUGUCCAAAUUCUGUAUGAAAACCCUCCAGAACAAUUUGGUGAAGGUCUUGCAAGAGUUGGAGACUCUAUCUACCAACUUACUUAUCAAGAAGGCAUCGUGAACCAAUUUCAUGAAGAAAUUGACGAGAAUGGAGAUAGACAUUUUGUAUUAGAUAACCAAUAUUCCAUCCCAAGAACUGAGGAAUGAACAGUAGUUGAAGGCUGGGGCCUCACUUCAGACGGUACUUAUUUGUACAUGUCAGAUGGAAGCAAUAGGAUAUACAGGUUCCUACCUUCAGACCUUAUUGAAUUCAGCCAAGAUGACUUUGACAUGGAUUAUGAUGAUGGAGAAUGCUCUGAGGAAGUGAGAUUCCCAACUACUUUUGACAUCUUCCAUAAUCAUGAUCCUACAACGCCUCUUAGCAAUCUAAAUGAGCUUGAGUUUGUAGAUGGAUCAAUAUUUGCAAAUAUAUUAGAUUUUAGCGUUCAAACUUUCUAUGUAGCGCAAAUAGAUAUAGAAGAAGACGCCUUAACGACCAGAAGGGUCUUUAAUCUGUGAUAUCUACAUGACCUAGCGUGUGAAGCGAUCGGAGCUAAUGCAAAUGAUGGCUCUUGCGCUCAAGUUAGAGAAUUCAAUGGAAUAGCUUACCAUAAUCCAACAGAUACUUUCCUCUUCACCGGCAAGGAAUGGCCUAUGAUUUUCUCAGUCUCUCUUGACUUAGAAUAA